AUGUCGUUGGCAUCGUCUCCUCCCGCCUCCUCUCCGCCUCGACCCACAACGCCCCCUGAGCAGAGGAGCCAGGCCCUCGCGCGCUUUUGCGAGCAGCACGGCGUGAGCCUCGUCACUACUCACGGCCUCUUCAACGAAGCUCUUCAGUCCAAGGAUCCCCAGGACCAGGCCGACAUACUCCGGCAAGCACUUGAGGCAUUUGUCCGGCAGCUUCGACCUCACUACGCCCACCCCAACCUGCCGGCCUGGGUGAAGCUGGCCUUUCGCGCCGACUCGUCAGGAAAACAGCGACUCGCCCCGUUCGUCGACAGCCACCGCUUCGAGUACUACAGCGGAUGCAUGCUCGAAGACGUUCCUCAGCCGACCUGGUUCCAAGCCGCAGAGUAUCUCAUCUGCAACUGUUUCCUGCCGCCCCCGGACAGCAUCCGACAGUCUGAACCGGAGCUGCAAGACGGUCACCGCCAAUUCUCGGAUGCGUUCGCGACAACUUAUGUCGGGAAUGCGCCGGAGCGGUUCGACACCUGCGUUGCGACUGACUACAUUCCCGCGUACAACGCCGACCCGAAAAAAGGCACCUACGGUCGGAUCGUACCCAUCAUCCAAUCCAGCGGAACGGGCAAGACCCGCAUGGUGCACGAACUGCGGCGCCUGUGGCCGACGCUCGUCCUGACCCUGCGUAAGGAGCACAACGCCGCCGCGUCAGGCUUUCCGGUGGCCGAGAAGGGGAUCGUCGACUUUUUCUUCCGGGGGAGUUUCGGCGCCUUCCGCGACGAAGACCUCGCAUUCACAGCCUUCUUCGUCGCCUGGCUGGACAGGGUUUGCGAUGAGCUGGCCACGUCUGCCGGCGGCUCCACGAUGCAGACGCUGCUCGCAGUCUGGCACACGGCCGAAGACGCGUCUGGGCCCGGCAAAGAUGUGCGAGAGAUCAUGUAUCGCGAGAUCUGCGCCGAGGCAGACCGGCUGCGAAAGGAUGUUCCGCAAGACUUCCAGGGUCCCUUGCCGAAGAGCAAGAAGCCGGGAAACGACCUCGCACACCUCACGGCUGUCAUGCGCCGCCACCUUUUGCCGAUACUGAAUCGACUUCAGGUGCUCAUCUGCGAUGCUUCGCCGGUCAAAGACAAGCGGGCCGAGCUCGGCAAGACUCCACAGGCAGAUCGUCCGACCACCUUCUAUAUCGCCAUUGACGAGUUCACGCUCCUCGACACGCCAGACUCGUCGGACCCCUCCGCCAGUCUACGCCGAUGCCUGGCCCUGAUGUCGGAGCUCCACGGGGACGCAUCGUUCCAGUUUUGGUUCCUGCUCUUGGACACAACCAGCGCGGUUGCUCGGGCUCUUCCAGGCCAGAGCCAGGAGUCGUCCCGUCGCGCGCUCUACCAGUUCCGUCUGCCGGCGUGGUGGGACAUCGGUUUCGACCUCUUGCGGCGCGAAUGCCCUCCUCCGAAGGCUGCGAUCGAUGUCCUUUCGUUUGCCCACCUCAAGUUCUAUGGCCGACCUCUCUGGUCCGCCUACAAGGACGACGAAGUUCUCGACGCCGCGGUGAGGAAGCUGCUCUGCUACCGAAACCCCGAUCUAAGCGAUGCUUGGAUCGUCGCGGCGCUCUUUUCGCAGCGCUGCUGCAUCGACCUACUCCCCCUUCAGUCCGAAAGCCACGGCAACGUGGUCGCCCGCGGGCUCGUGCAAUCGCACAUGCGAUACCUCUCCGGGCUGGGAAACGAUGCCAUCUGCCGGACGACGGUGCACAGCGAGCCGAUGCUGGCCCUGGCCGCCUGGUCCGUCCUUCUCGUGGACUCUGAGGCGUACUCGAAAGCCCUCGAUACGUUUGUCGUACAGCUCGUCAAACUCGGCACCGAGGUCGACCUGGUGGGCUGCCACGGAGAAUUCCUUGCACGACUCCUCCUCGUCAUGGCAAGGGACGCUGCCUUUAGGGUCUACGCUCAUCCCACCGGGCGGAGCAUGCGCAACGCCGAGGCGCUUUCACUGAGCGACUUUGUGGACCUCCUCGUCGCCGCGCCCCUAUCGGCACAGAUCAGGAGCGGGCUUGGUGAGGUGACUGCGAACGCCUGGCUCAGCUUCACGCACUUGGUCCCGUACGACCGCGGCCUCCCCCACAUCACCCAAGACGACCUUUGGCACCUCUGGAAGCGCGGUGCUGGGAUCCAGUGCCACCACGACGAGCAGGGCAUUGACGGCCUGCUGCCCGUCUUCCUCGGAACCAAGGAAGACCUCUCGUCGCCGACAUCGAGCGAGAGCGAGCUCAUAUGCCGGAUGUCGUUCGUGGGCUGGCAGGUCAAGAACCGAAAGGACCCCGAGUAUGGGCUCAAGCACCUUCACGGCCCGCCCAUUCUGUCCAGCAUGUUCGGUCCGACACCGGCAAAGCACACCGACUCGCUCAUGACUAUUUUGCUCGAGCUGGGCACCGAAGCGACGUUCAAGAGCACGGGCAACCGCGCCGAAGUGGUCCGCAGCACGUGUCCCUCUGCGAGAGAGGGCAAGGGCUGUCAGGCUCUCGGCGCCACGACGGUUCUCAAACUCCGCGGGCGCACCAAGGAGACUUACGGAUGCCUGGACCGCUUGAACGUGACCGGGGCCUUCGGCAGGCUCGUCUCGCAGCUCGAAGUACGGCCAGCGGCCCACGAUGGUAGCAGAUCCAGCUAUCUCAUCCUGGACGACAAAGAGCUGAUCCCUGCUCGCGAGACCGUCAGACUUUGGAAGACAGCAAAGCAAGGAGACGAGCAAGCGGACGACAAGAAUGGCGGUGAUGGCGACGGCGCAUCGACAGAGGGAAAGCGCGACGAUGAAAGCGGCGACGAAGAGCAGCAGAGGAAGCGCGGUCGACUUGUAUGA